GUGCACUUCACUCAACCACUAACUUCUCUCCUCCAGAUACUUCGACAGGGCACUCUACUCACCAGCUUCGUUCCCCUCUCCGCUGCAGUCGCCUCGGGAGUACUGACCGAUUUCUCGCUCACUCGAAUCUGCUUCGCUGCGCUAUGUGCCCUUUCCGGAGUCGCUCUUCUCGAUGAACAGGCCGCACUUUCAAUUGGACCCAGGAUGAGGAUGCGCUAUGGGAGGCUGCUCAGUCUCGCUGUUGUGGCCUCUUGCAUCUGUCUCGCCUUCUACUACCUUCAGCCUUUGCGGUCUACCCAGCACCAUCUCCCAACCAGCUCCGCUCCACUUCCUGUUCGGCCAUUGAGUGCGCUACCGCCAGCAAAGACUCUCGAGCCUCUGCAGUAUACCGACACACAAACACACCCGGUGAAGAAUCUCAUCGACAAUGCGUCAACCUCGUGGAAUGCAAAGUUGCAGCGACAGUCGAAGACUCUGCAGGAAGCUGUAACCGAAUACCAACGACGAUAUGGCAUCCCUCCUCCCCCACAUUUUGACAAAUGGUACGAAUUCGCGAAGAGGAGGGGUGUGCAGCUCAUCGAUGAAUAUGACACCAUCUACCAUUCGCUGCUGCCAUUCUGGGGCCUGUCGCCUGCGACAAUUCGAGCAAGAGCAAGGGAAGCACUAGGUUUCAGUGAGAACAAUCUGAUGGGUCUGCUAAUACGUGAUGGCAAGGUCUCGCUUGUGGAGUCAGGCCAGGAGUGGUUACAGCAGGCUGUGACGGGUAUGCUCGAGCAAUUCAUCCAGUACCUGCCUGACAUGGAUCUGGCAUUCAACUUUCACGAUGAGCCUCGUGUGGUCGUGCCGCACGACGAGUUAUCGAGGUUGAUUGAACUCGCUCGCACAAAAUACAUGCCUGCUGCUCAAGCGGUACAAAAGCCGAAAGACUCAUUCUCGCCGCGACCCAAGGAUGUCAAGUCUGGAAAGCGUAUCGCGGAAGUGAAAACCACACGCUUCAACAUUUACGCUCAUCAACCGACGUGGAUACCAUCGCGACUCUCGUGUUCGCCUGAUAGUCCUGCUCGUGGCCUGGAGGAAUCUCAGCUCAUGGACAACAUGACAGCAUAUGCCCUGUCCGAACUGGGAUUUGUGUACAAUCAGACAGCCUUCUCCGACGUAUGCAAUUCGCCCUCUUUCGGUGAGUCGCAUGGCUUUUUCGAUCGCCCGAACGCUUUCAACGUGGUACACGACCUCUUUCCCAUUUUCAGCCAGAGCAAAAUGUCCAGCUUCAACGAUAUUCUGUAUCCCAGCCCCUGGUACUGGUUCGGCAAAGUCACCUACGAUGAAAGCGAGGACAUGGACUGGACGCACAAAAAGAAUAGUCUUUGGUGGAGAGGCAGCACGACAGGUGGUUUCUCGCGAUCAGGAGGCUGGAGGAGACAACAUCGACAGAAGCUGGUCUCUCGAAUCAAUUCCCUCGACAAAGCCAAAAUCAUGUCCAGCAGCAAUGCCGGCGCCACGGACGAGAAUCCCAAUGCGAGGAAAUGGCUCACGAAAGAAGUCUCAAGACCGGAAUUCAGCUCUAUCAUGGAUGUCCAUUUCUCCCAUGUCGGACAAUGUGACCCAGGAGAUUGCGAUGCGCAACGCGAAUUCUUCCAAAUCGUACCUCCGGCUGAUCAACAAGAAGCGUGGAAGUAUAAGUACUUGCUCGAUAUUGACGGGAAUGCUUUCAGUGGCCGGUUCUACGCCUUUUUAACAAGUCAUUCCCUACCAUUGAAAAUGGCUGUGUUUCGCGAAUGGCAUGAGGAGUGGAUUAUGCCUUGGGUGCAUUAUAUUCCGUUGAGCUUGAAGGGAGAGGAAGUGUUGGAGGUUGUGAGGUACUUUGACUCAGAGGAGGAAGGGAAGGAGAUGGCGUUGAGGGUUGCGGAGGAGGGAAGGACGUGGGCGAAGAGUGCACUAAGGAAUGAGGAUUUUGAGGUGUGGUUCUUUCGAUUGCUUUUGGAGUAUGCGAGGGUGAUUGAUGAUGAGAGGGAGGGGAUUGGAUUUACGGGUGCUUGAGCAUUGGUGCCUACGUGCGUGCAUUUGCUGCGAGGUGGAGGGAGUUUUGGUGGCGGCUUUUGUUGCAUUUGCAUAUAUAC